AUGGAAUCGACAACUUUCCAGCGUUCACCGGGAAAUUCGGCAAUCGAAAGUAUCCAAAGCGAACACGUCCAGUCUCUAGAUUCAACCUUUAAUAUGAAUGGUAGUCGAGGUAUCUCUAGGGAGGAAAAGGAAAGGAUAAAACAGAUACAACGGGAUAGGGAAAAAAAAAAGUCUUCUCAAAAAGUGCAAGUACAAGAAGUGAAGGCGGAUCCCUUUUUAAGACAAAUGAUUCCUUUAAGCGUGGAGUCGGGGGACCGAGAGAGUAUAACCAUUAUGACUUAUAAUAUUCUCGCGCAAUCGCUCUGCAAACGUGAGCUAUAUCCAGACAGCGGCGAAUCGCUUAAAUGGAAAUACCGUAGGCCUCAAUUGAUCAAAGAAAUAUUACAUUACGAGCCUGAUAUAGCAUGUUUUCAAGAGAUGGAUGACGUUAGUUUCAACAACACCUUUAAGUCAGAGUUUGAACAUGCCGGGUACGAAAUUUUUUAUUUCAAGAGCGAUAAAAAGACAAACGCGAGGCAAGGCUUGUUGUUUUGUGAAAGCCUGAUAAAGUUUAACAAGGAAUUUGGAUUUGCGGUGUUUUUGACCGGAGAUUUCAACUCGUCUCCGGAUAGUCCGACGUACAGAUUGAUGGCACAGAAAGAACCUUUGUUCACUGAAAAGGAAAUUUCAGAGUUGAGAGACUCGAUGAGACCUAUUAAUGAUGAAAAAGAUUUGAUCGAAGAUGUGUCUUCCCCAAAUUCUGCAGAUAAAGAUGCAUGCGGUGGAAAAUGUACUGCGUUGCCGGAAGAUGGCGACCCUUUCGGCGCAUCAACAUUAACCUCUACGGCGGCUCAGUCAUCAAACAUUCCAACAUCGUCCAUAGAGGAUUUGCCACGAUGUAGACCAACGCUUCCCGACCUAUUCUCGAGAUUUUCAAACCUUCCGCUCUGCACGUCACUCUACUCGAAAUAUUACCCUCUGAAAGAUCCCGACAACACCUUCCAAAUGGAACCAAAGUUCACGAUCUACGGAAAAUAUUUUGAGGGAACGGUGGAUUACAUUUUUUAUAUCCACGAUGAAGGUGGUGAAAUCGAAAACGAAGAAAACCGCGAGCAAGCAAACAAAGAAUACUUCAACGGAUCUUUGGUCGAUAGAGAUGAUUCGUCAAAUAUUCUCGGGAAAAUCGGAAAUCGAGAGAUAAGAGUAUCGAAGAUAUUAAGGAUGCCAACGAAAGAGGAGGUCGAAACCCAUCCGCCGAACCAUAAAUUUGGUUCGGAUCACAUGUGCUUGAUGGUUGAAAUAGAAGGGUUAUGUUAA